AUCUCUCUCGCUAGACUGCUGGAGCUUCUUCUUGUGUUGAUGGCGAGAGAGAUGAGACUCGUGAGAAUGAAGUCGUUCAUGAUUUUCUUAGUGAUUUUUGUGAUUAUGGUUGGGAAUGGAGAAAGUUCAUUGGAUAAUCAUGUGUAUGGUUUUGGAGAUCAUGUACCUUUGUUUGCCAACAAGAUUGGUCCAUUGAAUAAUCCAAGUGAGACAUACCAGUUCUUCGACUUGCCGUUCUGCAGUCCAGAUACCAUUAUCCCACAGAAGGAGUCUCUUGGGGAGGUGUUAAAUGGUGAUCGUUUGACCAACUCCCCAUAUGAACUGAGAUUUAGGGAGAACAAAGAUAUGGUCACCCUUUGCAAGAAGCGGCUGACAAGAUAUGAUGUCGCUCAGUUUAGGGAUGCCAUCAAGAAUGAAUUUUAUUUCCAGAUGUAUUAUGAUGAUCUUCCAUUGUGGGCGUUUAUAGGGAAAGUUGAGGAACAGUCAUGGAUCUCUAAUGUUACAGGACCCCGGUAUUAUCUCUUUAAACAUGUUGAUUUUGAUGUUCUUUACAAUGAGAACCAAGUGAUAGAAGUGCGUGCUCUCAGUAACCCAAGUUAUGCUGUGGAUAUAACUGACAAUGUGGAAACUGAAGUUCAGUUCACUUAUUCAGUUUUGUGGAAUGCAACAUCAAAACAGUUUCGGAACCGGAUGGACAAGUAUUCACGAUCUUCGUUACUUCCAGAGCACUUACAGGUUCAUUGGUUCUCAGUCAUUAAUUCAGUUGCUAUUGUGGCACUCUUAACAGGGUUUCUUCUUACACUGUUUUUGCGGACCCUCAAGAAUGAUAUUAUGAGAUAUUCUGGGGGAGAUGAAGAAGCAGACAUGGAGGAGGUUGGCUGGAAGCACCUUCACGGGGAUGUGUUUAGAUAUCCUCCACGAGCAUCCUUGUUAUGUGCAAUCCUAGGGUCUGGUACACAGCUUUUGACCCUAGUGUUCUUCAUUUUCAUUCUGGCGUUUGUUGGUGUUCUUUAUCCUUUCGCCCAUGGAGCGCUCUUUUCUUCACUUGUUAUGAUUUAUGCUCUCACAGCUGUGGUUGCUGGGCACACUGCUGCUUCAUUUCACUCUCAGCUGGCAGGAGCAGAAUGGACAAGAAGUGUUCUUUUGACCGGCAUCUUAUUCCUUGGUCCUGUGCUUGUGAUCUUCUCUAUCCUGAAUACAGUUGCCAUAUCUUAUAGGGCCACAUCUGCACUUCCGUUUGGCACCAUGGUGGUCAUUUUUCUAAUAUGGGCCCUCAUCACAAUUCCCUUGCUCAUCUUGGGAGGAAUCAUUGGGUAUACUUUCAGAUCUGAAUUCCAAGCACCUUGUGCUACCAAGAGAGUGCCGUCAGAAAUACCUCAAUUAGUAUGGUACAGGAGGGCCCCUGCACAAAUGUUUCUAGGAGGUCUCCUACCAUUUAGUGCCAUCUUCAUCGAGUUGCACUACAUAUAUACAAGCUUGUGGGGACAUAAGAUCUACACUAUACACAGCAUUCUAUUCAUAACAUUCAUAAUCCUCAUCAUCCUCACUGGAAUCUUGACUGCUGGGCUGACAUACUUUCAACUUUCUGCGGAGGACCAUACAUGGUGGUGGAGAUCUGUUUUUUGUGGGGGUUCUGCUUCAAUAUUCAUGUACUGUUAUAGCAUUUACUUCUAUAACCAGUCAAGCAUGAGUGGCUUCUUGCAAUUCUCCUUCUUUUUCGGCUACAAUGCUUGUAUAUGCUAUGCUUUCUUCCUGAUUCUUGGUACCGUUGGUUUCCGUGCUUCAUUGCUGUUUGUUCGCCAUAUUUACCAUGCAGUCAAGCUGGAGUAGUCAUUCCUCUGCAAGCUCUUAUGGCACUGAACCAAAUUCCUGACUUCUAAUCCUCCAUUGCAACAACCAAAUAGUUAACCCUUUUAGGUGGAGCCACAUACAAAUCUUAUUGAAUAUUUACAUAUUUCAUUUCAGUUUUAUAAGAUAUAACAAGUGGCCGCCUUAAAAAAAAUGAACUGUUGAUAUUUUUACUUAAAUCUAGCAUCUAAGAAUUUUCAGAUUUCGUAUUUUCCUUUCGUGUUCAUUUCAAACUAGAAUUAGUGUUUUCAUUUUGCUUAUUAAGACCUGUAAUGGUUCAAGAGGGAAGACUUGUCUGUAACUCUGGAAGAAAUCUAUCUGUUACUGAGCUAAUGCACUGGAAGUUGAAGAUUUCAGCUUGAAGAAGUGUUGUGAAAUUCAGAAGGAAGAUGAUAAUAAAUACAAUUUUAAGAAGUUUUUGGGGCAGAAACAGGUUUCUCCAAAGGUUGGCUUUAUGUUUUGGGUAAAAACUUAUAAUUCCCUUCUGACUCAUACUAUCCUGAGGCCUCAGGCAUUACAACGCCAAGUAAGAGCUGCUAUCUUUGUCAGAACGAAGUCGAAACUGCUGACCUUAUCUUGUGAAACCAUUCAGAGUCCUGUUUCUCUCUUGAAGCUUUCUGAAGCAUGGAGUUAUACCAAUCUUAAAGGCAGAAGAAGCAAGGAGGUGUGGGAGAAGCUGCAUUUCGCUGCAUUUUUUUUUUUCUUGAACAAAGAAACCUUCAUAUUAAACAGAACAUAAGCUUACAUCAUUAUCUAAGCGAGGAAUUAAGACAUCUGGUGGAUGUAACCACCAUUCCCC